UGGCGAGGGCGCGCCGCCCGGCGGUCCCGGCGCACAGGCGGCCGCGAUGAGGGUCAGCGAGAAGUACUCGACGCUCCCGGCCGAGGACCGCAGCGUCCACAUCAUCAACAUCUGCGCCAUCGAGGACCUGGGCUACCUGCCGUCCGAGGGCACGCUGCUGAACUCCCUGUCGGUGGACCCUGAUGCCGAGUGCAAGUACGGGCUUUACUUCCGAGAUGGCAAGCGCAAGGUGGACUACAUCCUGGUCUACCACCACAAGAGGCCCUCAGGCAGCCGGACGCUGGCCCGGAGGGCCCAGCACGGCGACGCUGGCCUGGCCGCCCGCAGUGUCAAGCAGGACCAGCCGCUGCCUGGGAAGGGGGCUCCGGAGGAAGCGGGUGCCGCUGAGCCGGCCAUGGACUACCACGAGGACGACAAGCGGCUCCGCAGGGAGGAGUACGAGGGCAACCUGCUGGAGGCCGGCCUGGAGCUGGAGCACGAUGAGGACACCAAGCUUCCCGGCGUCGGGUUUGUGAAGAUCCACGCGCCCUGGCACGUGCUGUGCAGAGAGGCCGAGUUUUUGAAGCUGAAGAUGCCGACGAAGAAGCUGUAUCACAUUAACGAGACCCGCGGCCUCCUGAAAAAAAUCAACUCGGUGCUGCAGAAGAUCACAGACCCCAUCCAGCCCAGGGUGGCGGAGCACAGACCCCAGACCACAAAGAGGCUCUCCUACCCCUUCUCCCGGGAGAAGCAGCACCUAUUCGACCUGUCUGACAAGGAUUCAUUUUUCGACAGCAAGACCCGGAGCACCAUCGUCUACGAGAUUCUGAAGAGAACCACUUGCACGAAGGCCAAGUACAGCAUGGGGCAAGGAGAGGGAAGGAAGAAGGACUCUGCCCUUCUAAGUAAAAGACGGAAAUGUGGUAAAUACGGCAUCACCAGUCUGCUGGCCAACGGCGUCUACUCGGCCGCUUACCCCCUGCACGACGGAGACUACGAAGGGGAGAACGUGGACUUCAAUGACAGGAAACUCCUGUACGAAGAGUGGGCGAGCUACGGGGUUUUCUACAAGUACCAGCCCAUCGACCUGGUCAGGAAGUAUUUUGGGGAGAAGAUCGGCCUGUAUUUCGCCUGGCUGGGUGUGUACACCCAGAUGCUCAUCCCCGCCUCCCUGGUCGGCAUCAUCGUCUUCCUGUAUGGCUGCGCCACGGUGGACGAGAACAUCCCCAGCAUGGAGAUGUGCGACCAGAGCUACAACAUCACCAUGUGCCCCCUCUGCGACAAGACCUGCAGCUACUGGAGGAUGAGCUCGGCCUGCGCCACCGCCCGGGCCAGCCACCUCUUCGAUAACCCGGCCACGGUCUUCUUCUCCGUCUUCAUGGCCCUCUGGGCCGCCACCUUCAUGGAGCACUGGAAGCGGAAGCAGAUGCGGCUCAAUUACCACUGGGACCUCACAGGCUUCGAGGAGGAGGAGGAGGCCGUCAAGGACCACCCCAGAGCUGAGUACGAGGCCAGAGUUUUGGAGAAGUCGCUUAGGAAGGAAUCCAAAAACAAAGAGAAGCAGCGGCACAGCCCAGAGGACCCCCCAAACAAGUGGAAGCAGAGGGUUAAGACAGCCAUGGCGGGGGUGAAAUUGACGGACAAGGUGAAGCUGACCUGGAGGGACCGGUUCCCCGCCUACUUCACCAACCUGGUCUCCAUCAUCUUCAUGAUCGCAGUCACCUUUGCCAUCGUCCUGGGGGUCAUCAUCUAUCGAAUCUCCACGGCCGCGGCCUUGGCCAUGAACUCCUCCCCCUCUGUCCGGUCCAACAUCCGGGUCACGGUCACGGCCACCGCGGUCAUCAUCAACCUGGUGGUCAUCAUCCUCCUGGACGAGGUGUACGGCUGCAUCGCCAGGUGGCUCACCAAGAUCGAGGUUCCAAAGACGGAGAAGAGCUUCGAGGAGAGGCUGAUCUUCAAGGCCUUCCUGCUGAAGUUCGUGAACUCCUACACCCCCAUCUUCUACGUGGCUUUCUUCAAAGGCCGGUUCGUGGGGCGCCCGGGCGACUACGUGUACAUCUUCCGCUCCUUCCGCAUGGAAGAGUGUGCCCCGGGGGGCUGCCUGAUGGAGCUCUGCAUCCAGCUCAGCAUCAUCAUGCUGGGCAAGCAGCUGAUCCAGAACAACCUGUUUGAGAUCGGCAUCCCGAAAAUGAAGAAGCUCAUCCGCUACCUGAGGCUGAGGCGCCGCAGCCCCAGCGACCACGUCCAGUACGAGAAGCGGAAGCAGCGCUACGAGGUGGACUACACCCUGGAGCCCUUCGCCGGCCUCACCCCGGAGUACAUGGAGAUGAUCAUCCAGUUCGGCUUCGUCACCCUGUUCGUGGCGUCCUUCCCGCUGGCCCCGCUGUUCGCCCUGCUGAAUAACAUCAUCGAGAUCCGCCUGGAUGCCAAGAAGUUCAUCACCGAGCUGCGGAGGCCGGUGGCCGUCAGAGCCAAAGACAUCGGAAUCUGGUACAACAUUCUCAGAGGUGUCGGGAAGCUGGCUGUGAUCAUCAAUGCAUUUGUGAUCUCCUUCACGUCGGACUUCAUCCCGCGCCUGGUGUACCUCUACAUGUACAGCAAGAACGGGACCAUGCAUGGCUUCAUCAACCACACCCUCUCCUCCUUCAACGUCAGCGACUUCCAGGACGGCACGGCCCCCAACGACCCCCUGGAGCUGGGCUACGAGGUGCAGCUCUGCAGGUACAAGGAUUACCGGGAGCCCCCGUGGUCGGAGCACAAGUACGACAUCUCCAAGGACUUCUGGGCCGUGCUGGCCGCACGCCUGGCCUUCGUCAUCGUCUUCCAGAACCUGGUGAUGUUCAUGAGCGACUUUGUGGACUGGGUCAUCCCCGACAUCCCCAAGGACAUCAGCCAGCAGGUGCACAAGGAGAAGGUGCUGAUGGUGGAGCUGUUCAUGCGGGAGGAGCAGGGCAAGCAGCAGCUGCUGGACUCGUGGAUGGACCGGGCCCGCGAGAAGGAGGAGCCCUGCCAGAACCACCACCCCAGGGCGGGCCGGGACAGCCUCCGAGAGGGCGCCUCCGCCUCAGGGCCCGAGCGCCCCGGGGGCGCCCUGUAGCUGCCCCAGCUCGCCACCUGCCCUGGGGCUCCACUUUGGCAAAGACCAGCUGGCCACAGGACAUUUCAGCCUUUUUUCUGUUGUUUUUUUUCCCCCUUGUUUUUGCACAAAACCAUGAUACCAUGAUGCAGGGAAUUUUUUUAUCUUCAGUAGCCGAGGUUAAUCAAAAUGAUUGCAGGGGACGGGUCACGCGUGGCGAAUGCAGGUGGUUGGCAGGAGCGGUUCUCUUGCAGUGGAAGGGAGCAGAGGCCUCCAGAAUCUCCCUUACCCUCCUGGCGCCCUGAGGGCCGUGCCGAAGGGCUCCCGGGCCUGGGCCAAAGCUGGAGGCCUGCUUGAGGGAGCACCGAGAGCUCAGUCAGGAAGAAGCCGGCUCCAGAGGGCGUCCCGCGCUCCUGUCGUGUAACUUCUUUCUUCGGCUCAGAAACGGGGGCACCCUGGUCAGAAAGGCAGGGACCCCGGCCCUGGGGCCAGGGGACCAUCCAGAGUCUUCUUGGGGAGACAGGGGCUGCGGGUCUCUGAUCAAGCAGGAGACAGACCCCGGCUCCCCCUUCCUGGUGAGCUGGCCUAGAACCUUCCAUCCUUCCCACAAGACAAGACCAGGGGACAGGAGGCCCGGCAGGGAGAGGUCACUCGGGGGCCUGCCUGCCGAGGGCUCAAGGUUCAGCAGGUCUCGAGACUCCAGGGACACAUUCGCCUUAGAAUAUUUAUUGGGCUGGGUUUUUUUCUGAUCAGUUCUGUGGUGGAUUUGAGGGUGGUUGUGUUUUUUUUCUGUCGCUCAAAGGUGGAGGAGUUCAUUCGCUAACCAGAUAUCAUCAAGGGAACUUAAAAUACUGUCUACCAAAGAUUUUUAUUAAUAAAGGCUUCUAUUUUGGUAACACUUCUCUAUAUUUUUACUUACAGGAAUAAGACUGUUGGACAAUUAUCAUUUUAAAAGUUUGUAAAAAUCAGUCUUGUAGAUGCUGUGAGGGAUCUGAACUGGCAACGGUUAGACUGACCGGUUACCUGAAACUUCUCAAGCACCACGAGAAGCCUAAAAAGCCGAGUCUCAGAGAAGGGCGGGGGACGUGCGUCUUCCAUCGCGGCCGGGUCCUCACACCCCCUAAGCCGCCAGCUCUGAAGGCCGUGGGGGCAGACGCGCGUUAUUUGCUAAAAUCACGCAGCCUGAUGCUUCUAUUUUCUCUUGUACAGUAAGUAGUUUGAAAGGGGUUUUUUGUAUAUAAAUACUGUAUUAAAAAGUAGGUGAUGACCAAAAAUCCUUUUAUGGAAACCAUUUUUUAAAAACGUGAAUGUUUUCCACCCAGGACCGUGACUGAACAUUCGACUGAAUAAAUUUGGA